AUGUUGUCAUUUCAGCUUCAAAAGCUGGACUCCUCUCUGAAGCAGUUGACCUCUGCACUAAAUAUAACAGGUCCUGCCAUUCAUGUUGUCAUCCGAAGCGAAGGUUGCGAAGAUAACGCGCCAGGCGUAUGUGGCAAAGCUUACAUCCAAGUGAAUGGAGCGGAAUACUCCCAACAACGGAGAGGACAUAAUGUCGUUGUUGUGCAGGGAGCGACAGGUCAAGUGUUAUCCAGCCGUGCAUUUGACACCCAUGGAAGUCAGUCCGAUGGUGUUCGCCUCAGGGACUAUCUCAAUGUCAUAAGAGGAAAUCUCCUACGCACGGUGUCUGACAGCAGCAGACUUCAUCAGGACACCUUCCAAUAUGAUUCCGAUCUCUGGAGUAAUAUGGUGGAGUUUGACAGUUUUGCGGGGAUGACAGGAUUUGACGAGCAAGAAACCAAGCUACCAACUUACUGGAACACAAGUUUCAGCUCGAUAUGCCUCGGCAUGAAGAACGGCAAUGAAACCAACUUCAUCUUGAUCGAUAAGCCGGCUGAAUCUCUGUACUCUUUGAUAGCGGAUGGGCAAUACCGUAGCACUUCACUUGGUCGCAACGCAUGGAAGUCGCUGAUUGGUGCAGAGGCCUCUUUGCAAAACAACUGCAAUGCAGAAGGGUUCAACGUACACCCGAAUUCAAACAAUUCGAAGGCGAGAAUUGGUUUGAUUGCCAAUAAUGAAGGAGACUGUGGGACCUGUGAAUCUAGAAUUGGCUUUGGUUGCGCAGGCACGGUUCCAAAUACAUGUGGAAAUAGGGCCGCUCAUGAUGCAGACAAUGGAGAAAAAAAUAUCAAAGUGAUGGGUUACAUCUUUGUUCGGUGA